AGGCCUAUAAAAGCCUUCAUCCAAGUCGAAGAAACUGUCCAAACCCAGAUCCUCCUCCUCCUCUUCCUCUGCUCCUCUCCUGAAAGGCCCCCCAGCCCAGUCACCAUGUGCCACACCAGCUGCUCCACUGGCUGCCAGGCUCCCUGCUCCGUGCCCCUGUGCUGCAAGCCUGUCUGCUGUGCCCUUCCCUGCUGCCACCCGGCCUGCUGUGUGACCCUGCUGUGCCGCCCACUGUGCCCUGUGGGGCCCAGCUGCCAGGCAGUCUGUGGGGGUGGCAGCUGCUCACCCUCCUGCUGUGUGUCCAGCCCCUGCCAGGCCUCCUGCGGCCAGGCUGCUCCCUGCAGCUCUGCUUGCUGUGUGUCCAGCCCCUGCCAGUCAGCCUGCUCUGUGCCCGUCUGCUGCAAGCCCACUCUGUGUGUGCCCGUCUGCUGCAAGCCGAUAGUCUGUGGGGUGCCCUCCUGCCAGGCCUCCUGCUGCCAGCCAGCUUCCUGCACCUCCCUGGUCUGCAGACCCUCCUGGCUAACCACAGUGCCUGGCAUACAGUAUGGCAGCACUGGCACAACCUUCAGCUCACUGGAACUGCAGCAGGCUGCUUUCACUAAGGAGAGAAUGACCCUGGAGACGGUCAUGGCUCCCCUCCAAGCCAGGCUCAGUCCCUUCCCUGCACCAGGCACUCAGCCCCUGCUCUACCCCUUGGCUGCCAAAAGCCCCAACCCAGCGGCUCACAGUAUGACACACGGCUAUUUCUCCAGACCCUUCGUGCCCUCGGCCUCCGAGGUCUCUGUCUGCUCCAGUGAUGUGAGUUGCAGCAGCAACAUCUGCUUGCCCAGCUCAUGCCCAGAGGGUGCCUCCUGGCAGCUGGACGACUGCCCAGAGAGCUGCUGUGAGCCCUGUGGUGGCUGCAGCCCUUCCUGCUGCCCAGCCCCGAGUUGCCCUCCCGCCUCCUGCCUCACCCUCUUGUGCCGACCAGUCUGCUGCGUGCCCGCCUCCUGCCAGCCCUGCCCAGCUGUCUGUGUCCCCUCCUGCUGCCAGUCCACUGGCUGUGGGGCUUCCUGCUGCCAAACCUGUCCCUGUGCACCUGUGCAGUCCUGCUGCUGUGAGCCCAUCUACUGCAAGCCCAGCUGCUGCAUCUCCCUGCCUGUGUGCUGCAAGCCCAGCUGCUGUGUGACCUCUGUCUGCCCAACCCCCACCUUCUGCCCAGUGCCCUCCUGCUGCCAGCCUCCAUGCUGUGUGUCCCUCACCUGCCAGCCUGUGUGUAGUCCAGCCACCUGUUGUGUGCCUCUCUCCUGCAAACCGACCUGCUGCACCACCUCUUCCUCCUCCUGCUGCUGUGGUCCUUCCUGCUGCUGUGCCCCAUCCUGCUGCCGCCCCACCUCCUCUGUGUCCCUCAUCUGCCGGCCCACCUGCUGCAGACCCUCUUGCUGUUCCACCUCCUGUGGCCAGAAAUCCUGCUGUUGA